AUGGCUUCCCGAGAGUCGUUUCGACGACCUAGCCGCGUUGUCCACCACCACCAACUGUCAAGAGCCUUGCUGACACCGCCUCUCCUUCCCAGCCUCGACUCAUUCGUUGCCGCAGUGACGUCCACACCGCCCUUCUCCCCUUUCAACUCCUCGCCAACCGAUUUCCACACGUUCAGCCACUCACAGCGCGUGGUUGACCCAACGACAGGGUUCUUCCCAACUGACCCGCUGUUCACCGAGCCCCAAGGGGCCAGCGGGGUGAAAGAAGACGUCUGGUUAGGAGGAACCGGGCAAUCGACCUCCCCUUCCUCACCCUUCACCAUAGAAUCACAAACAGAUUCUCAGGCUGGGGGAGGGGACUAUUACCCCCCGGCGUCUGAGAGCAACCCCAGCGAUUCGCCUUCGGUAGAACAACAUCACCGAGGGUUUCCCAACCUCAACAUCGCGUUACCUCCCACGGGCCUUCAACUAGGCCAAGGCGUUUCCCCAGCGUCUCUUGUCAGCUCUGGCGCCGCGUUCACAGCCGACUCGCUCUCCAUGAAUGUCGACCCGGCGGAAGAUUACUUCCGGUUCUCCGACGCUUCGUUGCAACCAGCCACGGGCGAUAUUGCCGACGUUAUCCACGCGUCCGUCUCUCUUCCCCAGACAACACGUCCGACGCCGUCACCCCUUGGCGCACCCAUGGUUGGCGACAUGGUAUCAGCGCAGACGGCCCAGUACCGCCUCCCCGCGUCGCAACCGUCAAGCCCGGUUCGUGGCGUCUUCGUGUCGGGGCAACAGCAGUAUACUUUGUCUCCAGCCGCGGGUCGCCAGCGGAGUACAACAGGAGGGCCAGUGGCGUCUGCGGUCUCGAGCGUGUCGGGGUCAGCUGCUGCGGCAGGUGUUGCCCCGCAGCUUUCCACCAAUGACAUCGCCGAGCGCCUCACCAUGGAGAAGCUGACCAUGCUUGACAAAAUUGUCAGCGAAGCACAGAGUGCGAAGGCGGCUCUCCUCAGUGGCCAAGCCGAUCAUCUGCCAGCCGCCCUCAACAAGAUCAGCAACCAGCUUGACAAGGCUGGUGAACUCGGCAUUGCGCGUACGCCACGCGAGACGACUCCAAACUCCGGGUCGAACAAUAGCAUUUCUCCAGGCAACUACUCCCCGCCAGGGCAGUCGAGCCUCAACGUCGCACCUCAGCAGCCUCUUGCUGCCCCGGCCGUGUCUGGUCAGUCUCUCCUUCCGUCGCUUCCCGUUGGCCAGCUUGGAAUCCCUUCGGCUGUGGGAACCUCUCCGGCGACGGUCCCCUCUGCAGCGUCCGCAUUGAGUUCGCCCGUCGCUUCCAACCAUAUGCGCCCUGCGACCACUUCUGUCACCGACUUUGUUGUUGGUGCCCUUCCGCAAGCUCCACCUAUUGUCCACUCUCACUCCUACUCCAACGGCCACCAGAUGCCUGGGCAGGUCCACCAUCCUUCGGCGACUGGACCGACCACGCCCGUCAAUGCAACCUUCAACCAGGCUGCCAUGGGUGUCCACAUGCCCAACGUGUCUUCGCCGUUGGCGAUACUGCCUCCCUCGCGACCCGCAAGUCCACGCAUGCACUCGCAGCAGUGGGCGCCGGACAACAAUGUCGCGGCUGCUUCGGCGGCCAUGGCAGCGGCCGCUGGCCACAGCAUGGUCGAGGCACAGCAGCAGAUGCUCCAGGCCCAGGCGGUCCAGCAGAUGCAGGCGGCCAUGAUGCACAACCAGCUGGUUCAGCAUCAGCUGCAGCAACAACAACAACAACUGCAACUGCAGCAGCAGCAGCAGCAGCAGCAGCCUCAUGCUCCUCAGCCCGAAAAGUCGCGCCGGCCGUCACUCAUCGAGCAACGUGUUGAUGGUCGUCCGAUCGUUCGCGCCCGCAGCACGUCUUCGGCCAAGCCCGGCCAGCAACUGGGUAUGUCCGCAAGCACGAGUGUGCCGCCCUCGGCAUGGCAGUCGCGUGCGGGUUCCCCGGCCGACGAUGACGACGACGACGACGACGACGAUGACGACGAAGAUGCGGCGCAGCGGCGUCCCAAGCGCAGACGCAGCUCGGCUGGUCCGGAUGUGUCCGAGGUGGGCCCUACGUCUGGUGUGCACAUCUCGGAUGAUGUUCGGAGUCAGUUGGACACAAUAUUCCUGGAGUUCUUGAGCAAGGUGUGCUCCAAUCUCGAUGCCGUGGACAACAAGGGCGAGAAGCUUCAUCAGGUGCUGAUGCCCAAGAAGAUGCAGCGCCUAGAUGAGUCGACCGAUUACCGCCCCUUCAAGUUCCGUAUCCAGGCGUUCACCAACGCAUUUCAUGAGGAGCUCAUCGGGCGUGGCAUCACCGAGGAAACUAUGUCGAUCAAGAAGGUCAAGGUGUACCUCUGGCACCAGGACCUGAUCUCGCGCUUCAAUGCCGACGGCAAAAAGGCCAAGUCCAAGGGCAACCACAUUUGGCACAUAGAUGCGAAGAAGUUACCUGGCGGAGGUUGGGUCUUCCGCCCGUUCAAGCGCAAGAUUAUCGGGACCCCACCUACUGUGAUCAACCAGCGGUAUGAAUGGGAACCCAAGAUCUGGGAUCCAAUGGCGCCGUCCAGCAGCAUCAAGCCGACCUUUUCCUCACCUCCGGGCACCCUCCCCCACUGGCUCAGGUGGGAGGACGGCAAGCUCAUCGGCAUCCCAGACGCACCCCACUCCGGCGUCCACAUCCACGUCAAGGCCGACUUUAUCGACGGCGCGCACCGUGCCUCCACGGCGACGAUGGACUUCACGAUCCAAGUCGUCACCAUGGCCAUGCCUAUGGCUCCAGAUGACCCCGUCUUCGCCAACCCCGCCAUGCAGCCGUGGGUGCCCGCCGAGCACGCGCUCGCGAUGGGCCCUCCCAUGCCGAUGAUGCAGGGCUCCAUGCCCUACGGCUCGAUCUCCAUGUACCAGCCCCAGCCGGGCUUCGGCCCUUGA